ACAAAUUGGGACCGAGGUAGUAUUUGUAGUUUAAAAUUGUUUUCCUUCCUCUCAAAAUGGUAGGGGGCUCCAUAGAUAACAACGAAAAGAGUACAAAAUCAACUAACGCCUUAAAUGAAAUCGAAACCGCAUCGCUCUCUCCCUCCCUCUCUCACACACUCAUACACACAUAUACACGCACUUGCAUUGGACACGCACGCUCGCUCACGCACUCUUUGUCUACAUCUCUCUCUCUCUCACACACAGAAUCCUCACCUCUCUCAUCGUCAAACCAGAAAACAACUGUCCACCCUCACUCCUCCACCACCAUUCACCGCCACCUCAUAGCGGCAUAACCCAAUCUAAAUCUCCUUCUUCCGCCGUCUUCCACCGCACCGACGCUACUGUUAACCUAAUUCCAAUCAAACACGAGAGACACAACAAUCAAGCAACAAUAAAAAAAAGGAAAAAGGAAAAACAGAAACCGAAUAUUUUGACCGGUCCUUACUGCCUGACACAUUCACAACCUAUCUCCUCCGUUUUCCAGCUCACUCUUCAAGCCUCCCUCUCUCCCCAAACGAUUUCUAUAUUACCACGUAGGCAUAUAUUUCUCCAUAUUUCUUCCAGUUGACUAGAAAGCAACCAGCUCGGAAGAGAGAGAAAAAUGGUGAAGCUCGUCAUACAAAAUCAAGCGAAUUGAGGUUGUGCGGAAUCUCUCCCUAAUUCGAAUGUCGAGAGAGGAAGACGCGCCGAAGACAUUCCGCGUUCUCGUGGAGAACGCGGAGCGGAAGUUCGCGCGCGUGCGCGACGCGCCGCUGCAUCCGUACGGCGGGAGUGGGCCCCAGUACGGGCACUUCUUCCACAAGGUUUUCAAGGCUUACAUGCGGCUGUGGAAGUACCAGCAGGAGAAUAGGGCCAAAUUGACGGAAUCGGGCCUCCAGCGGUGGGAGAUUGGGGAGAUCGCUUCGCGAAUCGGUCAGCUCUAUUUCAACCAGUAUUUGAGGACUAGCGAGGCUCGGUUUCUUCUCGAAGCGUACAUAUUCUACGAGGCGAUAUUCAAUAGGAGGUAUUUCGAAGGUUCGUCCAAGGAUCGAGGGGUUAGGUUUAAGGAAUUGAGGUUCUACGCCAGGUUCCUGAUGGUAUCGUUGAUUAUGAAUCAUGUCGAAAUGGUGAAGCUGCUUGUUCAGAGAUUUAAGGAUCUCGUCGACGACAGUAAAGUUAACUUUCGGGGUACCAACUUUAAAGAAUGGAGGUUGGUGGUGCAAGAGAUUAUGCGGUUUACAGAAGCUGAUUCAGGCAACGCCAGUGCUAGGCCAUUGCGUUAUACUGUCAUGUUUGAUUCAUAUCCAGCCUCACUUCCGUAUGUGGCCCGUUUUCAUGCUAAGAGACUUUUGAAGUUUAGAGACGCAUUGCUGACCAGUUAUCACAAAAAUGAGGUGAAAUUUGCAGAACAAACUUUAGAUACUUUUAGAAUGCUGCAAUCUUUGGAAUGGGAACCUAGUGGAUCUUUCUACCAGAAGCACCCUGUUGAACCAAGGGAGAAUGGUGGACCAGCUGAUCAUUCUGUUACCUCAGGAUUGAUAGAUGUAAAUUUGAUGGCAGAUAUGACAGAUCCCAAUCUGCCUCCAAAUCCUAAAAAAGCUGUUCUCUACCGUCCGUCUGUGACUCAGCUGAUAGCUGUGAUUGCAACAAUUUGUGAGGAACUUCCAGCAGAUAGUGUUAUGCUCUUAUACUUGUCUGCCGCAGGGAAUUAUGGUCAUUCUAGUACUUCACAAGUGGAAAAUUAUGGGAUGACAAGAAAAUCUUCUCUGCCUAGUGCCUCUGCCAACAAUUGUCAUGAACAGAGGAAUGGUUUUCAUGAAAAUCAUAUUACUACCAAGGGGGAGUUAAAUCAAUAUUAUGAGAAUUAUUUAUUGUUGGGUCCAAGCAGAAAUGGAAGUUCAAAUAUCCUCUUCCCUGGUGAUCUAAUUCCUUUUACUAGAAGGCCUCUUUUCCUGAUAAUAGAUAGUGAUAACAGCCAUGCAUUCAAGGUUCUACGUGGAGCGGAAAGGGGUGAACCUGCUGCUUUGUUUCUUUCUCCUUUGAGUCCUUCAUUCAAGAAUUCAAGUGUUAUUGAUUCGGCACGCCAUGGAAGUCAGUUCACUUUCUUCCUGACCGCUCCUUUACUGGCUUUCUGCCAGUUAGUUGAUUAUAACUUAACCGAAGAUGACAUGGAUAUGUACAACAGCAUAGAAAGCAUCCUCUCCACUGCCUUCUCUAAAUGGGAGCAAAUUCUCUGUACUUCGACUGACCUGGACCUCGUCUGGGCUCAACUUUUGUCCGAUCCAUUUCUUCGCAGGCUUAUUCUGAGAUUCAUAUUCUGCCGUGCUGUUCUUACUAUGUUUUGCAUAAGAGAGAAAGGUGACCAAUAUCUGCCUAUUUGCAUACCUGAACUUCCAAAUUCAGUAUCUGCCAACUCCAAAGCUGUGCAACCUGCAAUCACGCAACUUGCGAAUCACCUCAAGGUUACAGACUGCUUUAGAUUUUCGUAACUACUUAUAAAAGGGACUAGUAAACUGUAUAUUGGAGUAUGAUUGAUAAUCUGCCACCGCCUGGGAGAAAUACUUUGAAUACCUACAAUCAAGUUAUGCAAGCAGUAAAGUUAUUGGAACGGCAAUGUGUGUGAUCUUGUGGUGAUCAAUAGUGUCGGGCCAUUAGUUUCUUCGAGGCUACGAGCACCACCAAAUGCUCACAACCUGAAUGCUGGUGUUCAAUUUGUCAUGCACAGUGUCUUUGUGGCUGGGUUGAUGGUUUAGUUUCUGAGUUUUAUAGUGUGUUGAAUUAUUACAAAAUUUAGGGUGUAAUUUGUUCAUAACUUUUGUAAAAUAGUAUGAAGUAGGUGUCGAGGUUUUCCAUUUUUGUAUAUCCAUUUGUUUUUUCAUGUCUCGCCAUGACUUGGGUCCUAAUAACUGGUGUAUUUGAGCAUUUUGGUGCAUAGUUGAUGGAACUUAUGUAAUGAUUACCAAUGUGAAUUGAAAUGGUCAUGAUUCAUUAUACAUUUUCAAAUUGUGUUA